CCACACUGCUAUGGAAACCCCAGAUUUCUGUAAUAUGCAGACUUCGCCCAGUACUGUCUCUGUCACGUGACAUGACGUCCCGUUUUCGCGCCUAAAUGUCUCAGUUCAAGUCCAGACUCCCAAUCUAAAGCAUCUCUUCAACUCCAGAAAACCAAACUCCGAUCACAGAUUGCAUAUAAUUCAAAAAAUGAAGAGACAAAAUCCUCAAAAUAACCCUAAAGGCUCACCACCUGUUCGAACCUCAUCUCAUGGAGCAAUUCGGAGCUCCGACAACCCAUUCAGCAGUGCAAAAGCUGGUGAGCCUAAAACUUCAGAGUACGCAUUUUUUAAAAAGCUAAAGACAAAGGCAGGCCACGGAUCACAGUCCCGUCCAUUAGAUAAGGAGGAAAGUGGAUCGAAGUUGUUGGGAUCAAGUUACCUCUCUAAUGUGGAUUGCAGCGAUGCGAUCAAGAAUAGCUUCAAUGACUUGAGAUUGCCAAUUGAACCCUGUCUUAAUCCGGACUUACUCCUCUCGCCAGUUGUUAAAGUAGAUGAGAAGAAAGCUGCUACUGAUUUUGGAGAUAUAUACAGAGCAAGGAAAAGCAUGGAGGAAUAUAACAUAGCCGGGAGACCUCAGGGAAUUGGGAAUCAGCAAGAAGAUCUCUUCUCAACAAAGAGACGGAAGCUACGUCAGUGGGUUACAGAUACCGCAUUUCCUGAAAUUGAAGAACUCUGUUCUAAACGGUUAGACACACCAUUGUUGAUAAGUUUUGUUGUAGUUUCUGUAUUGCAACAUGGACUUCAUGGAAUUUUUUGCAGGUAUGAUUUUGUUUCUGUGCUCCUCAGUCGGCUGUUACCGCAGAUCAACGAAGAAUACAGUUUCAAGAUUCCAGAGUCUGAGCAAGGGGAAAGCAAUACUUUACUUUCUUGGCCUCAUUCAAAUAUUCACUUAAAGAAACCUCAUUACACGUCCACAAGAAACGUUACAGAGAUUGAAUUUGAUCCAUACUUGGAACAUUACAGAGAUGAGGCUCCUACAAGAUCUGAUUCUGGAAGAUAUUAUGGUCACAACAGCCUCCUUGACAACAUUCUACGGGUACCCAGCUAUGAAUCGGGUGGUAUAAGAAAUACAAUUCCGUGGAUUGAGGGGGGCUCAGUUAGUUCUCUUUCCAAAAAAAACAGAUAUCUUCCUCCUGUUAUGGUCGAAGAGCUGGACGAUUCCCAAUAUUUAGAUGGUUCCUUGUUUGGAAGAGAGAAACACCCUCUGCUGCUCGAAUGGGAUUCCCCUAAUGAGCCAAAAGAAAGAUAUUCCGCGGUUGUUUCUAAAAAUACGGAGUUGGUCACUUAUUCCACACCUUCAACUCCAUGGGGCAGCAAUCACGACCCCGAUCGUUACAAAGAGUAUGGGUCAAUUGGUGCUAGUGAGCUCUGUGUGUCCUCCUUAAUUUACAACUAUCAUCCAAACUUCUAUGCAUUAGCACAUUCCUCUUCAAACCGAUAUGACAAACAUGAGUUCGGAAGUAAAUCUUUAGGAAGUCAGGAGGAAGAUACACCGGAAGAUUUUAACAAUUACCCUUUAGCAUUAUCACACAUGCCAAACUACCUUUGUACGGGUGAAGAUUUUCAUUUCACCGCAUUCAGGGGUAGCAGGGCCUCCCUUUCUCCUGGAAAUCACCACUGGUUUUCAAGCGAGGUCUCCAGUGAGAGGCAUCUUGGUCCUGGUACAGAAGCUCACCUGUCCUCUGAACUUGAUUUUUGUUUAGGAAGGAAAUUCUUAUCGAUGAACAAUUCCUCAAAUGUGCACUAUUCAUCUAUUGAUCCUGCUGUUCAGUGUCACCAAGAGGAAAACAUAUUUUCACAGUUUAUUGAUGAGGACAAGCAUGCAAAUUUCCUGGAAUUUGAUAGUUCGGGUCAAAUUGGAGUGCUUAAUCAUAUUACGAAAAAUGUAGUUGACAUCUGUGACUGGGCAUCAUUUUUUCCCCAGAUAUUCCCGGACAAACAAAAGGCGCCCCAUUUGCUGCUUGAUAAAUCUAGCUGGGAUGAAACCACAGACAUAUGUCAUGAUGAUAUUGAGAUUGAAUAAAUUUCAUGCUUGCAGUUGCUUCAUUUGAAA